AAUACUGAUCUGAAUAACAGUAUUGAAAUAGCAGCAAAUGAAAAACAAACAAAAGCUAGAAAAGUAAAAAGACCCCCUAACUGCUUUUUUGUUUUCGGUGAGGUUAUGCGACCGGGUGUUAUAGCACAAAACCCGAGAGCAAACUUGACCGAGAUAAAUAAAAAAUUAGGAUUUAUGUGGAAAGAACUUACAGAGGAGGAAAGACAGCGGUAUAAGGCUGAAGCUGAUAGAAGAAAGUUUGAACAUUCCAUUUUAAAUCCUGGGUAUGUUUACCGUCCAAAACGAAAAAGGUCGGUAGAAAACGUUAUUACAAAUCGA